AUGGCUCACAAUGAUACCACCAAAAUCACCAAUAUUAUGCUGAGAGGCAGCCAAAAUUAUUUUGACUGGUUAAAGUCCAUUUACAUCGGUCUCAGCGGCAGAAAGAAAUUGGGUUUUGUCACGAGAUGUAAAAAGAAACCAAGAUCAGUAAAUCCAGAGGUUCCAACAGAGGAAGAAUUGGAAAAAAUGGAGGAGUGGCAAACGACUGACCAUCUGGUCAUGUCAAUGAUCACCAACACCAUGGAAACACCAAUUUCCCGACUCUGUAUCUUAAUGGAUUCAUCACAAGCAAUUUGGGAAAAGAUGAAAGGUCUCUACGGGCAUCAAAAUAAUUUUGCCCAUAUUUUCAGGCUCAAACAAGAGCUCUCUCAAAUCACACAGGGCACCAAAAAUUCAUCAGAAUAUGCAACAAAAGUCUUAACAAGAUGGGAAGAACUGCAGAGUUACUUACCCCAAACAAAUAACCCCGAAGAACUACAGCGAAGGGAAGAACAAGAUCUUGUUUAUACGUACCUGGGGGGCUUAGAUUCCAGCUAUGAAGCGACAAGAGGAGCACUGCCUCGCCGAAGGCGCGACCACUGCCGGCGUGGUCACCUCACGACAGGCCGCACCUUCACCCGAAUCUGUGUCCGUCCCAUGGUCGAGGAGACCGAGGAAGUUACUCAAACAAUCGAAAUGAGGGCGGAGGAAGAAGAGAAAGGGGAGAGAAGCGUUUUGGGGGCGUCUGCCAGACGAACCCUAAAAAUGAUGAAAAUAAUGAGGAAAGAAUUCGGGGUGACGUGGGAAGCGAAAUGCGCGGGUCGGGUCCGUGGCUUGGAGCGGCAAUCCCGUGGGUCAGGUUCAAUUUCUAACUCUCAAAGUCAUUCUACUAAUUUUCACUCUCACGAUUGGAUUAUUGAUUCAGGAGCUACCGAUCACAUGACAUGGGAUCAUACAAAGCUUCAGAAUUUUGUUCCAAUAGAAUCUCAGCAUGUGAUUGUUGCCAAUGGUGGCCACGAUCCGAUUUUUGGCAGUGGCACCUCUACUCUGCUUCAUAAAACUAUUCCUAAUAUUUUAUUACUACCUGAUUUUAAAUCAAAUUUAUUAUCUGUUGGCAAAAUCACGCGUUAUUUAAAUUGUAAUGUCAUUUUCUCACCGACUUUAGUCAUGUUUCAGGAUCGCGUCAUAGGGAAGAUGAUUGGUGAGGGAUAUUGUGAAAAUGGACUUUACUACCUUCAAGACCCCAUCAUCCAAUGUCUUGCAUCGACGAACCCAGUUGAUCAAGGGAUGCUGAUGCAUCAGCGCUCAGCACAGGACACUCACCCCGAGGGGGAGACAGUUCCCAAUUCUCAGGCAAUUUCUUCAGGGGGAGAUAUUGCUAAUAUUGCUAAUGAGCCUCAAGAAGAAACUGCCUUACGCAGAUCUACUCGAUCCAUCAGACCUCCUAUCAGGUUAAGGGACUAUGUGUCCCAUGAGGUAUCAUAUCCUAUCCAAAACUUUGUUGCUUACAAGACCAUAUCAAAUCAGUAUAAAGCUUAUCUAGGAAGUAUCACUAAGCAUAUCGAACCUACCUCCUUUUAUGAAGCUAACACCAACUCACAUUGGUGUAAGGCUAUGGAGGAGGAACUUUAG